AUGUCUCUCUUCCAAUUUCAGAGAGCUUAUUCCGCCAGUCCCUUUGGAGAACGAAUGGGAAGUGAAUCGGUUCCAGCCCUCCCACGAAGAGGAUAUCAAACUGCUUAUCUCUUACCCAAAAAGCACGCAUAUGAUGCGGAGAUGCCACAGAAUGCACCACAACCUCGUUUAACUCGACGCGGUGUGGGUGGUUUAGGUGAAAGUACCGUCGGAAGUCAGACAUUGCCGACAAGAAUGCGAGGUGCAGUCGAUCAACGAGACUACGUUACCGUGGCUUCGCAGAUGCCAAGAUAUGGAUCCGGAAGUAAACCACAUCAAAACGAUAUUCCUGAAGCCGUGAGUAUGCAUUCCCAAUCGGAUCCUAGACGCAGGCCCAUUGACAGUUUCCGAAUGAUUUCUCGUCCCGACGAUGUCUUCUGGUCGACGCAGGAAUCUCAUAUGUAUCAGAAUACAAGUAUGCUGGACCCGCCCUUCGACAAAGUUGACACGCGAGGACAAAGAAUAGGACCUGGAAGUCGGCAUCGCCCUAAAGACCAGCAAAAACCUGAUGUAGAGGGUUAUCCACAGCAUUCAACGAAUUCUCGGGCACAAGAACCUCCCAUUCCUCGAAGGCAGUGGAACCUUGAAGAUUCAAACCGAAAUGUGUCUCGUGACGCGCCUCUUGAAGUAGAAAAGGGGAAAAGUCGAUUCCCACCACAUUUCGCUCAAGAGGAGAAACGCUGGCAAAGAGAGUAA